GCUAGCGGAUCGAUUAGUUGAGCCUGAAUCCAUUUGCAGGAUGAGCAAUCGAUCUGUAAUAAUGGCGUUCGUCUUGUUGUUACAGAAAAAUUAACCGGCGGACACACAAGUUAUCUCAAUACUCGCUAAAAAAUUAAAUUGCGCUCAUAACGGCAGUAAUAUUGGAUCAAGCGAAUUGUUAGUAACACAACGAGAAGGUCACAUUAAUUUUAAAUGAUACGGAGUCAGUCAGGAGUCGUACUUCAUCAGAAUAUCACUUAAGUGUUUAUUUUUUGCGUGUGUUUUCAAAUCAUUUUGAAUUUAAGUUGCUUACACACAAGUCGUUUUUUGGUACUGUAGGAAGCAUACUCGGUUGACAUUUUCGUUUGCCCGAUACAGUGCUGUUUUUUUUUUUAUAUAUAUAUAGUUUAAUUGAAAUAAUCUAAAAUGAGUGUGGCGGAAAGUCGCGCUCAGCGAAAGACGGCUGGAAAUUUGAUGUCUAAACUCCUGGACGCUGAGGAAGAAGACGAAUUUUACAAAACCACGUACGGGGGAUUUAAUGAGGAAUCGGGAGAUGACGAGUAUAAGAGUGACCAGUCGGCGAGCGAGGACGAAGUGGACAGUGACUUCGACAUCGACGAAGGGGCCGAGCCGGACAGCGACCAGGAGGAAUCAGAACCCAAGAGAAAGCGCCGUGUGGUCACCAAGGCUUACAAGGAACCCCUCAAGACCGCAAAGCCGAACCCCAAAGCCCGGAAAGCCUGGGCUCAGCCCAGCGGAUCGGAGAAGGUGAAAGAGGAGAAGAGAGAGCCUUUCGAACUGCACGGCGAUGUCGGAGAGAACAGGAAGUCUGUCCGUCAGUCGACCACGGAGCACACGCGGCUCACUUACCUGCGCCUGCAGGAGAGGCAGGUGCAGCCGCGCAGGAGAAAGGGGCCGCACCACGACCGCCCGCUCACCCAGGAAGAGCUGCUGGCAGAGGCCAAGAUCACAGCCGAGAUCAACCUGCGAUCGCUGGAGAACUACGAGCGUCUGGAGGCUGACAAGAAGAAGCAGGUCCACAAGAAACGCCGCUGCGACGGGCCCUUGGUCCGGUUCCACUCGGUGCUGACCCCGCUGGUCUCCGAGACCCACCUCAAAGAGGAGACCGUAGACGUGGAGGGGCUAGACCAGGACCCCCAGCAACAGCCCACCCCCCCCAGCACCGCGUCUCAGGACCCCCCCCAGCCCCCCACGGGGCAGUGCGCUCGAACCUUCAUCACCUUCUCCGACGAAGAGACCUUCGAGAGCUUCUUCCUCCGUCCACGAGCCCACCGCCCUCCGGUGCGAGAGAUCUGCCCCGUGACUCACAAGCCAGCCCUGUACCGAGACCCCAUCACAGACAUCCCCUACUCCAACAUCCGCGCCUUCAAGAUCAUCCGAGAGGCGUACAGGAAGUACGUGACAGCGCACGGGCUCCCCAACACCGCGGCCGGGGGUCUGGGGAGCCCCGGGGACCCCAACUCCAGAGGGACCCGCCAGAAAAUCAUCAUUAAGCAACGCAUGUCUGCUACCUAGUCCGAGAGAGCGACACUUUUGGAAUCGACACGCAGGCGCAGGCAUUGUAAACCCGGUUUUGUUUUCAGAUUUUUCAGAUCAGAUUCCCAGUUCCAGUUCCUGUUCCUUCGAAGGGAGUUGAUGUUUCAGAGACCUAAUAAUCAUCGCGAUUGUCUGACCUGCUUCUUUCAUUCGAAGCCAGUUUCAUUGACUCGCAAACAGCGGCUUCGUUUGAAGUCGCGCUCAGCCGCUGUUCCGAGAAGCCCAUUUUAACAGAAUUUGUUCAUUUUGAUCAGCGAUGACGUGUCGGAAUUGAUUAAACGGGAACCGGGAACCGAGUUUGAAAAAAAGCCCUGUUUCAAUCCGGUAGUACCUGUUCGAGUCGCUGAUUCAGUAUUUGAAAUAUUUUUUACAGCAUCAUUCUCCUAUACGUUGCGUGCAUCCUUUGUAUUUCAGUCUCGUUGUAAAAAAAAAAAAAUCCUUUUUGUUGUAAUAAAACAGCUUCUGAAAAUGAGAGAGUUUUUGCUAAUGUAACUUUUCUGGGGUAUGUUUCACGUUAACCCAACCAGCUCGCAAUUAUAAAUCUUCAGUUAUCA